AGAAGAAACGGAAAGGAGGACAUGAUGAAUCACAAUGCAUGCGUUGCACGCAUCAAAGCAAAGACCUUUAUUUAUUUAUUUAUUGAAGAAAGCUGAGACUUCAAAGACUCCUCUUUUAAUUGAAAGGAAAAAAACAGAAUAUCAAAAGCCAAGGCAAGACCAGAAACAGAGAAAGCUCAAAGCCCCCGGUCAACGCCAUCACCUUAAUUUGAAUCUCCUCCACCUCUAUCUACAAGGACUAUUGUUUUAGUGAAGCGUGUACUACAUCUGAGUAAUGGGGAACAGUGAAUCAAUGCCAGAUGAUGCUCCCAGAGAUUUACAUCAAUCCACUUCAUUUGCAGAUAAUUAUCCCGCUUCAUUUGCAGGAAGUUCAAACAUGCAACCCCCUUCAUAUGCAGAAAGUUCAAAUAACUUACCACCUUCAUAUGCAGGAAGUUCAGUGCAACCAAACUACCAAAGAAGGCAUGAAGCCUACAUAGCUGAUAAUUUCAGCUCCUUGGAUGAGGUAAUCUCUGCACUGAGGGAAGCUGGCCUUGAAUCAUCAAAUUUAAUUCUUGGUAUUGAUUUCACAAAGAGCAAUGAGUGGACAGGCAAGCAUUCAUUUAACAGGAAAAGCCUCCAUGCAAUUGGUGACAAACCUAAUCCGUAUGAGCAAGCAAUCUCUAUAAUUGGCCACUGUUUGUCUCCUUUUGAUGAAGAUAACUUGAUACCAUGCUUCGGAUUUGGUGACGCAACAACACACGAUCAGAAUGUGUUUAGCUUUUACCCUGAUCACCGAUACUGUCAUGGAUUUGAGGAAGCACUUUCGCGUUACAGAGAAAUUGUUCCUCACAUAAAGUUAUCAGGUCCUACCUCAUUUGCACCUAUAAUUGAUGCUGCGAUUGACAUUGUGGAGAGAAGCAAUGGGCAAUAUCAUGUGCUUGUCAUUAUUGCAGAUGGACAGGUCACAAGGAGUCCUGAUAUACCACCUGGAAGAUUAAGUACCCAGGAGCAAGGAACUGUUAAUUCUAUAGUAACUGCAAGUCAAUAUCCCCUUUCAAUUAUCUUGGUUGGUGUUGGAGAUGGCCCAUGGGAUACAAUGAAACAAUUUGAUGAUAACAUUCCUCACCGCGCAUUUGACAACUUUCAGUUUGUGGAUUUUACAAAAAUCAUGUCGGAGAACUCAGAUAUGUCAAAGAAAGAAGCAGCCUUUGCCCUUGCUGCUCUAAUGGAAGUUCCAUAUCAAUACAAAGCUACGCAAAGCCAUCACUACGUGAACAGAAAUGCAAGCAUUCCAUGGGCGAAACCUCUUCCUCCCCCACAAUCAGUGAUAGAUCAUGAUAAUGCUGUUAAAUCUGUUCCGCAUAUGACGAGCUUUGCCCCUGGUGGCGAGUCAUCAGUAGAACAGUUAAUUCUGAGUAAUUUUUGGGUUUGUUUAACAAGGUCUGCCCCAUUUGCUUGACAAAUCCGAAAGAUAUGGCUUUUGACUGUGGUCACUUGGUUUGCAAGGAAUGUGGUGUAUCCAUAUCAUCGUGUCCUAUGUGCCGAAGGCCCAUAACUACACGCAUUAGGCUGUAUUCUUGAAAGGGAAAAAUGAAAUAAAGCAGUCUCUGCAGGUAUCAAGGCUUGAAUGAAGCGUGUGUGUGUGUGUUGGUGUUUUAAUGUUCUUGAAGCACUCAUGCAACAUUAGAAAUUUAAUAAACAGUCAAAGUAGGGAAGCAACAUUGUGGGGUCUGUACCCUUCUCUUGGGUGGUUUGGAUUUGGAUUUGAGGUGCGUAAAAUACUGACUGAAUUCACUUUCUUUUUAUCCUUA